UGCAUACAUUCCCCAAACUGCUCUCCCUAAUCCUAGGGAAUCAGGCAAGCUGUGAAUACACCGUGUCUCCCCCCAGAAAUGAUCGCUUUAUAAGCAGCCUUUUGGAGGUUAGGGGGCUGCAGUGCACCUGAGACACUUGAGAAGACACAGAGGUUCCCUUCUGCUAGGCUUUCCCCAGCGGUGUGUCUUCCCAGGAUGGCCUCUAAACUAAAGGAACGGAAAAGGACUCCAGUGUCUCACAAAGUGAUUGAGAAAAGAAGGAGGGAUCGGAUCAAUCGCUGCCUCAAUGAAUUGGGGAAGACCGUGCCCAUGGCUUUGGCAAAGCAGAGCUCUGGGAAGUUAGAGAAAGCUGAGAUCCUGGAAAUGACUGUUCAGUAUCUGCGAGCCUUGCAUUCUGCAGAUUUCCCCCGUGGCAGGGAAAAGGAGCUUCUAGCUGAGUUCGCCAACUAUUUUCACUAUGGAUACCAUGAGUGUAUGAAGAACCUAGUCCAUUACCUGACCACAGUGGAACGGAUGGAGACCAAAGACACCAAAUAUGCUCGGAUCCUGGCUUUCCUGCAGUCCAAAGCUCGCUUUGUCACCGAACCCAUCUUCACCACUCUGGGAUCGCUCUCAGAACCGGACUUCUCCUACCAGCUUCACUCAGCUCCGGAGUGCCCGGCUCACAGUCCCAAUGAGCCUAUGUUUCAGCAGGGAUCCGGGGGGCCCUUUUCCUGGCAUGGUCCUGCCAGAAGCCCCACCAUCCCUUACCUGCCCAACGCAGCCAUGCCCCUCCCUAACCCGGGGCAGCAACGCAACACUUUCCUGUCGUCAGGCCAGGGGCUGGACAGACACUAUCUCAGCCUGAUCGGCCAUUCCCACCCCAGCACCUUCAGCCUGCCUCCCGGCCAGCAUCCCCACUCUGUGCUAUAGCGACUAGGCCUGCGGGCUGCAUAUUUAUGUCGGGGGAAGAGUAAAUUAUCCACAGGCGCAUACGUUUACUUCGUAAGCGCUAGUGUACAAAUGUAAAUACAUAUGAUUGGGAAGUUAUAGCUUGGAAUAAAUGAUCACUGGGAAAGGGGUUAAGGAUGUUUCCAGCGUGAGAUGCUUUUGCGAUGCGUUAUUUAUCCAGCCUGCUAGCUUGUCCUUGCACGCUUCGGUUCUAUGUUCUGGGC